GUGGAUGGCGGAGCAGGUGGCGGGCGCCCUCACGUACCUGCACGGCUUCCAGCUGGUGCACGGCUGCCUGGUCCCUGAGAACAUCCUGAUCUUCCGGCCCAACCUGUCCCUGGUCAAGAUCACGGACUUCGGCGCCACCUGCCGCAGCGGGACGUACGUGCGGCGCCGCCUGUCCCUCGGGCCCUACAACCCACCCGAGCUCAGCCGCAGCGACGUGGGCGAGUGCUACUACACCGGGACCUCCCUGGACUCGUGGGCGCUGGGCGUGCUCAUCAUCCACUGCCUGACGGGGGUGAAGCCCUGGGCCGCCAGUGACAUGUCCGACCCCGACUACGCCGCCUUCCGCAACUGGCAGCGCGUCAAGUCGACCCGCGUGCCCAGGCCCUUCAAGAGGUUCACGGUGCGCCUCCUUCGGCUGGUGCGGCGCCUGCUGGAGCCCCGCGGCUGGUCGCGCUACGCCGCCAAGGAGGUCUUCAAGUACAUCGAGGACGACUGGCUCAUCAAGUCCCGCGACAGGAGCGACAGCUACGACACGAGCGCGAUGGUGCUGCCGCCGCGCCCCCCGAGCCAGCCGCUCCCCCAGGCGCCCUCGCCUUCGCAGCCGGAGGGGGACGCGCAGGACAAGGCAAGGCAGGAGCAGCCCCAAGGGCGAGUGUCCAGCCCCAGGCGGUUCCUGUCGGAGCUCUUGCGCUUCAGCUCCCCGAACUCCUCCUUCAGGCACCGGCGGCGAUACCACGCCUGGCACCAUUCCUCCUCCUCCUCCUCCUCCUCGACCUCCAUCUCGUGGCUUAACUCGUCCUCGUCUUCCUCCUCCUUCUGUGCCUCAGGGCCUUACUCGUCCGUGUAGUCUCAGACGCCCCCAAGACAAUC